AUGGCCAAGAAGGCGGCUUUUAGGAUGUUCGUGGUAGCUCUCAGCAACAUCGACAUCUCAUCAAAUGAGGAGGAGAGACAUCUAUUUUAUAAAAUAUUUAUAAUACGUCUAUUCACCUCUUUUAAUCACCUUUCUUGCUGCUUUUGCAGUUCAGUCGCUUCGACCAGGUUCUUGCUGCAAGACGAGUUCAACAUCCAGACAACUCAGUGCGAAAGCUGCAUCAUCAGCUUCAUGUUUCUCCUCCAGCAACUCGCCUGCAUCUGCUCGCUAGUCGCGUGCAUCUUGGGCAACAGCCAGCUUUCAGAGGCUGCGCAUGUCAUCUCCUGCAUGUCUGAUAUGGUCUACUGGACGGUUUGCUCAUGUAUGCAGACACAGCACAAGGUGGAGCUAGACAAGAGGGACGGCAAUUUCGUCACAAUGUCAGUGCCUCCGAUGCAGUAUAUGUCGCGCUUUGAUCAGCCGUUCCCGCCUCAGGUUUUGGAUUGA